AUGGGGAUGCGGAUGCCAUGGCAACAGACCGAUUAGAUCCGGACCUUUAUAUGCACAUUUAUUUAUUUAAUAUUUCAUUUGCUUUCGCUGCGCGCCGCUGUGGACGUGCCGGCUCGACAUCUGAGUGUUGAGCCAGAGUGAUAAGUAAAUUUAAGCUUUAGACUGGACUCCGUCGACUCUGGAGAGUCUGUGAAUGAGCUGCCACCUUAACCGCUCAACAAGUUGUUGUUUUUUUUAAAGAAGGCUUUUGAAUUCAUCAGAGCGCACCGGCUUAUUUUAAUGAAAUACAGAGCCCGAUCAUCUGCCCUCGGUGCCAUAAGAAGGGAAAGGACGCCGCCGUAUCCUUGUAGUCUGGACACAAUGUCAUUGAAAGUCGGCAGAAGUGGAAGUAGAUGGCAGCGACUGCUGAUGAGAGAGCUCAAGAUUUCGGGCGUCAGACUCUGAACACCUAACCAAGUUCAUUCUGACAUCAGUUUUUACAGAGCCGCUCUCCUCUGGCUGUCUGAGCGCUUCAGUCACGGCAGGCAACAUUUCAGCGCGCCUUCCAUCAUGAUGAGUGUUUUUCCACUCGGAUACUGAACAUGACAACCGAUUUCUGGAAACAUGGGCUAGAUUUUAGGGGUAAAUAAGGCUUGUUUCUGCACGUCUUGUGUGUCCACGUCGGUCUGUUUUUCUGUGCGCGUGUUUCUCGUGCUUGUCACAAUGAAUCAGUGCGCCUCGGAGUGUGAGCGCCCUAUUAUGUGCGUCCCUUAUGUCCAUUAACGACCCAUCCCUCCUGACAGAGGAUCAAGUGUCCUUGUCAUUCAUCCGCGGAUGAAUGUUCCUCACUCUACCACCUUACCGCUCAGGUCAUCUCUUGCAUGACGAUAUAUGUAGAAAAUAGCAAAACUGGGUGAGCAGCCCAUGACAUACAGUCUACACAGACAGGACACAGACGGCCAAUGAGCGGCGAGCUCCGUUAUCUACAAAAGACCGGGAAUCCGGUGCCAAUAUGACCGGCUUCGGAGCGUUGAGGGCGGCUGUGGAGAGGAGAGGGAAGGCCUUGGGGGGAGAGCAGCGUUUCAAGGACGAGGAAGGAGGAAUGAUAGAGAAACAUCUGUAAGGGCAAAAAGAGGAAAAGUGAAGCUGCUGGCGUCACACCGGCAGGGUGGAGGAUUUAAUGUCUGGUUGGGGCUUUUCCAAGGGCACAUAGGUAAGCAUGGCCACAUCGGUGAAGAGAGGGCGGAGGUGUGAGCUGUCGGCUCCAGGAGAAUGACUAAAGAUACAGAGUGCACUUUUCUUUAGCUUCUUCAAUUUAACAUUCAGAUUGACAUUGUACUCUAAACAGGUCAACUAUACUAAACAGUAGUUUUUCUGAGGGGGUGGGAGUUACAGGUUAUAUUCACCCUCCUCCUCCUCCCCUGAGUUGGGAUGGAUGGGGUGGCUGGGGGUGUGGGUACACCCAGUAACACUGGAGGGUCUGGGGGUGACAGCCUCACCAGACGUAAUGGAGGGGACUCAAAGAGGCGCAGUAAGGGCAGCCUGCCCUCUCCGGGUUACAGGCUGUCCCAGGCCUCACUGGAAGGGGAGAGGGGCUCCUUUGGGGCAGACAGCACAUCUUUAGGUGGACGUGGACGUCGCCUCUCCAUCAUGAGCUCCUCCACCAGAGACGGCCUUCCCUUCCGCACAGCAGGCACCCCAACCACCCCGGUGCCCCUCCCGCCUCCGCCAUCUGCCUCCUCUGCCACAGCCCAUCCUCCUCUACGUUCAGUGGGCUUUGCAUCGUCCCGUGCCGCCCUGGCCUCCACUUCCUCCACUGGGACUGGAGUGAUGGUUGUGGCCACCGGCCUAGAGACCACCACCACCACAGCCUGCAACACCACUGCAGCAGGGACCCCUGAGAUGGUGGGUCAGUCUGGACUGGGCGGGUUCGGCAUGGGGUUGGACGGGGAGGACUACAGCACCUCCAACCAGAGCACCUUCAUCCAGAGACAGUUUGGAGCCAUGCUUCAGCCUGGGGUCAACAAGUUCAGCCUGCGCAUGUUUGGAUCCCACAAAGCUGUGGCACUGGAGCAGGAAAGGCUUAAAUCAGCAGGGGCAUGGAUCAUACACCCCUACAGUGACUUCAGAUUCUACUGGGACCUGUUGAUGUUAAUGUUGAUGAUGGGGAACUUAAUCAUCCUGCCAGUGGGCAUCACUUUCUUUAGAGACGAGAACACUCCCUCGUGGAUCAUCUUCAACGUAGUCUCAGACACUCUCUUCAUGGUCGACUUGGUUCUCAACUUCAGGACCGGCAUCAUCAAGGAAGACAACACUGAGAUAUUGCUUGACCCCAGGGCGAUCCGCCAGAACUACCUGAAGAGCUGGUUCCUCGUGGACUUUGUGUCAUCCAUCCCAGUGGACUACAUCUUCCUGAUGGUGGACAGUCUCGACUCUGAGGUCUACAGGACAGCCAGGGCACUGCGUAUCGUCCGUUUCACAAAAAUCCUGAGCCUGCUUCGACUGCUCCGCCUGUCCAGACUCAUCCGCUACAUCCACCAGUGGGAGGAGAUCUUCCAUAUGACCUAUGACCUUGCCAGUGCCAUGGUGAGGAUAGUUAAUCUAAUCGGUAUGAUGCUGCUGCUGUGCCAUUGGGAUGGCUGUCUCCAGUUCCUGGUCCCCAUGCUGCAGGACUUCCCUCCUGACUGCUGGGUUUCCAAGAAUCUGAUGGUGAAUGACACAUGGGGCGUGCAGUACUCAUACGCUCUAUUCAAAGCCAUGAGCCACAUGUUGUGUAUCGGUUACGGUGCACAGGCUCCAGAAGGGAUGACUGAUGUGUGGCUCACAAUGCUCAGUAUGAUCGUUGGUGCCACCUGCUACGCCAUGUUCAUCGGCCAUGCCACAGCUCUAAUACAGUCACUAGACUCUUCACGACGACAGUAUCAGGAAAAGUACAAGCAGGUGGAGCAGUACAUGUCGUUCCAUAAGCUUCCUGCAGAUGUUCGGCAAAAGAUACACGAGUACUACGAGCACCGCUUCCAGGGGAAAAUGUUUGAUGAGGAAAACAUCCUGGGAGAACUGAGCGAGCCACUUAAAGAGGAGAUUGUCAGCUUUAACUGCCGGAGCUUGGUGGCUAACAUGCCACUCUUCGCCAACGCUGAUCCCAACUUUGUGACUGCUGUGCUGACUAAGCUGCGCUUUGAAGUGUUUCAGCCUUCAGACUUCAUCAUCCGCGAGGGCACAGUUGGACGAAAGAUGUACUUCAUACAACAUGGAAGAGUCAGUGUGUUGACCCGUGGCAACAAGGAAACCAAGCUGAGUGAUGGGUCUUACUUUGGAGAGAUCUGUUUGUUGACCCGUGGACGGAGGACAGCCAGCGUCCGUGCAGAUACAUAUUGUCGCCUUUACUCUCUCAGUGUGGACAGCUUUAACGAGGUGCUGGAGGAGCACCCGAUGAUGCGGCGUGCCUUCGAAACUGUCGCUGUUGACCGUUUGGACCGUAUCGGAAGGAAGAACUCAAUGCUCCUGCGGAAGUCAUCCCAGGGUGGUUCUCUAGGGGGCAGUAUGGGUCGUGGUGGAGGCCGCGGUGGAGGGGGUCCAGGAGCUGGAGGAGGCCUAGCAGCAGGCAGUCUAGGUUCCUGUGACAACAUGCUGGUGCAGCAGAUUGUCAAACACGACAGCAUGCCGGCCAUGCAGGAUGCCAUUGCGGCUGCUGCUGCUGCAGGAAGAGGCGGAGUCAUGGGAGGAAGUGGCACAGUGUCUCCUCGGCCACGGCCGGUCAUCUGGGCACCGCUUGUUCAUGCCCCCCUGCAGACUGCAGCUGCCACCAGUAAUGUAGCCAUUGCACUCAUGCACCAGCAGCAGCAACAACAGCAGCAGCUCCACCAGUUGCAGCAGCAGCAUGCACUUGGAGGUACUUUCUUCCUGCCCUCUCCUCUUGUCUCUCCCUCUCCCUCGUCCUCUUUCCCUCUGUCUCCUCCUCGUGCUCCUGUGUUACAGCCUCUCCGCCCGUCUGUGAGCUCUCUCAUUGGGAUGAUGACAAUGGGAGGUAUGGGCGGUAUGGGUGGUUUGUCCCCCAGAGGAGGAUUUCCUGCUUCUCCCUCGCCCAUGGGCCCUCCAGGUGGGGUGACAUCGCCCCCUAUUGCUAAAACUCCACCCACACAAGCCUCCGCUCUCCCAACUUCUGUCCAACAAGGAAGGACUCUUCAUUACAGCCUCCGCCUCCAGGCUGAUCAUCCAGCUGUGAUUGCUGGACCACUUGGAACCCCUACAGGUGGAGGGCCACCAACUCCGCCCCUCCACAAGGUGCCUACCGCCAACCCUCCUGCUGCUCCUGGUCCCCCAGCAGAUAGCAACACUUCUGUGAUGGGCCAGCAGGGAGCAAAAGAAGCUCUGUUACGUCAUGGAGGAAACUGCUCUCAGGGUCUGCCAGCACUGGGCAGACUCACCCAGGAGGCCAGGCUGCUGUCAGCUUCACAGCCCACACUGCCUCACCGCUCCUGGGUUGGAGUGCAGCCUCACCCGCCACUGCACCGCAAGGCCUCUGGUGGUAAUUUGUUGGCAGCUCCUUUCCUGGCGGGGCAGUUAGCCAGGGGAGUUAGCGCCGGCAUGCUGAUCUCUAACGCUCCCGUGCAGCUGGUGACAAAUAUGCCAUUUAAUGCACCAACACAAGCACAGGCCACAGUCCCUAUUCAGCCCACAGCCCCUCACACUGCCUCUGUGCCCACACCCACAGCUGCACACAUACCUUCUGCGCCUUCUUUUCCAUCUUCCUCCCCUCCAAAGCAGACCCCACUCUCUUCUGCUACCCCUUCACCUGCACCCACACCCUCAUCUCCUACACCUAUACUUUCCCAGCCACCUCGUCCUAAACCAAUUCCAAUGAUCCCCUCUCGCUCCUCCUCACCUCCUCCCUGCUCCACCCCUCCCUCCGCAGGAACACACCCGCUCACGCUCUCAUCAACUCCUCGUCCCAAACCGCUCCAUACACCCUCUCCCCGCUCCUCCUCUCCUUCUCCGUCCUCCACGCCACCUCCAUCUUCUGUUUCUACCCCUGUUCCACUACCUCAAACUUACGGGCCCAAGUCAUCUUUUACCUCCUCUUCUCCUCCUUCCUCCUCGGUCACUUCUUCCUCAUCACAUCCACAGAGCCCCAGAGCCAAGGCAUCCAAUACACCUCCCUCUGCUUCUCCAUUAUCUGGCCCCAGUCCUUCUCCAACCCCAAUCACUUCUCCGAUACCAACUCCCACUCAGACUACUCGCACCCGCACUUCUACCCCCUCCCAAACUCCGACACCUGUCACUCCUACCCAGACCCUCACCCCUUCACCUUCCCCCUCUCCCAUCCCUGCUACAUCUGUCCUCUCCCGAAGUAAAUCCCAGAGUCCAACCCCUUCUCUCCAGCCCUCUGUCUCCAGCUCAGCUAGAGGCUCCACCACCAGCCAGAUCCCAAAACAGGCCUCGCCUCUAACCCCAACUCAAACGGCAUCACCUUCCCCAACAGCAGCUACCACUAGCUCGCAAACUAAAGUCACUUUCUCAGUUCAUCCUGUAAAGCAAACCCCUCCUGUAAUGACUCCAAGUCCCAUUUCAGGCUCUGGUCAUUCCCCCAAACCAACCCCAGCAACAACCCCAUCCUCAGCAACUUUAGGCUCCACUCACUCCUCCUCUCUUUCUACCACUCCUUCCUCCACCACCACCUCUUCCUCUGCUCACCUGCCAAAACAAAUGCCAACCACCACAACUGUCCCCACACAUUCCCCCAAACCCAAUACACCCUCUACCACUACCCAGACCUCUCAGGCAUCCAACGCUACACCCGCCCAGUCAGAGCAUGCAGCCACCCCUGCCAACACCACCUCCCCUAAAGGUGGGAAAAAGGACCCUCAGCUGCCACUCACCAGGAAAGACUCAGAGGGACUAAGACACAAACUGCCGGCCAACAUGUAAGAAAGGAUUCAAAUAAAAUCUAGGAUGCUUGAUUUGUGUUGUGGCCACUGCUGAUCAGCAGAGCCAUGGAUAUACAGAGUUGUGUCGGCACCAGACGUCCAAUGAUCUCACGCGGACAGGUACAUCUUGUUUGCAUUCACUCUAGGGUGUGAUUGUGUUAGAACAUCAGGUGUUCAUAUGACUCUCAACCAAGCCAUUGAUCGCAGAGAAAGACUUUAUGGAUCUGUUUAGUGGUCAGUGCAGGCAAUGGUAGAGUCUAAAAAAAAAUCAUCCAAAUGUAUACAUACAUAUCUGUGUUAGUGAUUGUUGGAGCAAGCAGGGGAGCUGAAGUGGAAACAGUAAAAUGGGAUGGAAGCUGAGAGUCAGGGGGGAAAAAAAUCAGUAAUGGUCCCUUGACAAUGGAAACAGCAAUACAUGUGAAACAUUUGAGUCUCUCAUAAUGUGACAGGAAAUGACCUUGACAAUAAUAAUAAAUGUGAGCAAAUACUGUAUUAAACGUUCUGUUAGGAAGAAUGUCUUUUGUGAUGUCCGUUUCAAAUGCAGGCAAUAGAGCAGACACAUCCUCGUUUCCAGCUCCAACUCCCUCUUGUCUCCCAUACUGCACCAAAGUGUAAUAUUUUCUCAUCAGAAUAACAAUAAUUAUAAGGAUAUAGAGUUUAAAAAUCACUAUAAAGUCAAUACUCAUAUAAAUUUGAAAAAAAAAAAUAGGAGCAGUUAACUGGUAGUUUUGUUGUCCCAGGUGUGUGGUGUUUAGUUUUUGAACAAAGACUUUUAAACCUACAUGUUCACUCUGACGACUUCUGUAAAUUGUGUUUUUUUGUGUGACACACAAUACUUCUCUGCUGUGCAAAGUGGCUCACUUGAUUUUGUUCCACCCGGCUCCCCAUACUGUAAAUACGUGCCUCUCUGUGGGUCUGUUGUAUGCUUCCUCACUCCUCAGCCUCUUAGUCUUUCAUCUCUUGUCUGUCUCGCCGCCUUUCAUCUGAUUUCACAGCUCUGGUCGCUAACUGUUUCUUUGACACUUGCUCUCUCCCUUUCUCUCAGUUUGCCCGACACUUUGCUCUUUUCUGCCAUCGGCCCUUACGUUCAAUUUGCUCCUCCUUCUGUCGCACUACGACACUGUUUCAGUGCCAUUUCCAGUGAUGUUUGAUGUUUUGUGUCUUAACCCCUGAUACCAUGUUGCCUAGACUAUAUAUUAAAGGACCAAAUGUUUUAUUUUUUAUUUAUCACAGCUUUAGCUUUUGAACAGAAAAAAAUAGCUAAUAAUGCUGUCACAAUGAUGAUCCUGAGCACGGUGUUGAAGGUGGUGAUUAUAAUUUUGAUGAUGAUGAGGAUGAUGAUGGUGGUGGUGGUGUUAUA